GUGUUGGCUGUUGUGCAAAGAUCAUUCGCAAUUCAGUUGGAUUCAGAAUCGCAAAGAACGAACUAUUUUAUUAAAAUGUUCUUAAAAACUACUGCGAGUUUAUUUAUUUUGAUAAAUGUGGUUUUGGGACAGGACUAUAAAGAAGAAGACAACAAUAUCCCAGACAUUGAUGUCCUUCCUGAAGACUUAUAUGAUACUGAUUCAGCACUAAGGACACUCUAUGUGAAUGUUUCGAGGUAUCCUGGAGAGCUUUGCAAUCGGCCAUGCAGACCAAAUGACCAAAGAAUGUGUUAUUUUCACUUCACUCUGGAGCAUUACCAAGCAAUGGGAGUUGCAUGUGGUAAAUGUGCUCAGGGAAUUGUUGAAGACUGUAACAAUGCCCAGUGCAUUGUUGGUGACGGUGUCGAAAAAGGAGUAAUGAGUAUUAAUCGCAUGAUCCCAGGACCUGCUAUUCAAGUUUGCCAAGGAGACCUCAUAAUUGUCGAUGUGGUCAAUAAUGCACAUGGUACUGCAGCAACCAUUCAUUGGCAUGGACUACAUAUGAGGGACACACCUUUCAUGGAUGGAGUUCCGUAUACUACACAAUGUCCCAUUCCAUUUGCAUCCACUUUUCGUUAUACAUUUUCCGCCUCAGAAGCAGGAACACACUUUUAUCACUCCCAUUCAGGACAUCAUAAAGUAAAUGGCCAGUAUGGAGCCUUAAUUGUUCGAGAGACGUAUUUCGAAGGUGCUCAUUCGAGUGAAUAUGACUUUGACCUACCGGAACAUUACAUACUCAUUUCGGAUUGGAUGCAUGAUUACGGCGAACAAUUGUUUCCAGGACUUCCAUCGACAGGAGGGAUAUUUCCCAAUUCGCUUUUGAUCAAUGGACGUGGCACAUAUAUUAAUCCAAGGACAUUGAAUCACACGAAAGUACCAGUGACGAAGUAUUUGGUUAAGCCUGGGAAAAAAUACAGAUUUCGUAUCAUAAAUUCAAUCAGUCAUGCUUGUCCAGUUCAACUGCAGGUUGAAGGACAUGGGUUAUCAGUUAUAUCAUCAGACUCCUAUAAUGUCGAAACACGACCUUUUGACACACUUGUUAGUAAUUCUGGGGAGAGAUACGAUUUCAUUCUCACGGCAAACUAUACAAAGGGGGAUUUUUGGAUCAGAGUGUGCGGGUUGGGAGUUUGUGCGAUAAAUCCAACAGAGUCCUUUGCAUUGCUGAGGUAUGAGACGAACGAUGCUAAUGAGGAAGUGAUUGACCGGCCUCAACCUGAUUUUCCAGCCUACAACGAGACCUUUCCGCCUGGAACUUAUUUAAACCAUCCCAAUGCAACUUGCUUUAAAGGAGGCAGUAAUGACCAUUGCAUAACUGAGCUGACUGCACUCGAAGCAGACGAGGAACUUCUCAACAAAAGACCCGAUCAUAAGUUCUUUUUAGCCUUUCACAACUUUCCCGUUCCCAAUGAGGAGGUAUUUCGUCCAGGAAGCUUCCCACAUUUUUCGAACUUGCAAGACAACUUAACCAUUGUUGGAGCGGUGAAUAAUUUAAGUUUGGUAUUUCCGGCCUCGCCACCUCUUACCCAGCCGAAAGAUAUCGACGAAUCUCAAUACUGUGAUGAAUACCACUGGCCAAAACACUGCAUUGGCAAUAGACUGUGUUCGUGCAUCCAUCGGAUAAAGAUUCGAAGGAACAGUAUUGUUGAAUUGGUAAUUGUGGACGAAUCAACUGCCGUUGGUCGAAUGCAUCAUCCAUUCCAUUUACAUGGUUAUCGAUUCAUGGUCACGGCACUGGGUCAACAUCCGUUGGGUCUACCCAUGACUGUAGCCAGAGCAAUGCAAAUGGAAAGGCAAAAAGGUCUGCCGCGGAGUUAUCGUAAUGAUAGACCACCGUUUAAGGAUACAGUUUCCAUACCGAGCUGCGGAUUUGCUGUCGUGAGAUUCCGGGCCAGUAAUCCAGGAUAUUGGCUUAUGCAUUGUCAUUAUGAAUGGCAUUUGGCUAUAGGUAUGGGAUUAAUACUACAGGUUGGAAACCAAAAUCAGAUGGUAUCGCCACCCAAGGACUUUCCAAAGUGUAAAAAUUAUGUUCCGAAUAUAAGAUUAUCAAAUAUUUAUAAAACUGUUUGAGGAAUUAGCAGUUAUUAUAUCGUUAUGGCAAAAUGAACGGAAGAUUAGUUUUGGUGUCAAAUAAAUAUUAACACCGUGAAAUAUUAAAAAUGUACAUACAUGUAUGUAAUAUUAAUCACCUAUCUAUGAAUUACUCUCAGCAAAAUAAGAAAAGUAUUUAAUAAAUGCCAGUACCGUGGUAUAUUCAA